AUGGACAGGCAAACCAUCAUCGAGACCAACCGGUCGCUGCGCACCAUCAAGAACGAACUCGAGAACCUCCUCGAAAAGGGCGUCAUCUCCGAAGAUGCCUACGACAGCAUGCACGCCACCCUCCCCGCCGAGACCCCCCUCCACGGCGCCGCAUCCCGCGCCGCGCCCGCCGCCGCCGCUACCCCCGUCCAGCACAACAACCCAACCUCCCCGCCGGGCCCGACCGCCGCCAUGGCCGCCCUGAACGUCAACCCCUCCGCCUCCCCGGCGCCCCCCUCCUACAACCAGACCGGUCCCCCCUCCCUCCCCGCCCGCACAAACGAGAAGCCCGUCCUGGCGCACGCCCGCGCGCUGUACCGCUACGCCGGCGCCGACGCCCGCGACGUGGCCUUUGAAAGGGACGACCGCAUCGCCAUCCACGAGUACAUGAACGCCGACUGGUGGAUGGGCCGGAACCUCCGCACCGGCCAGGAGGGCAUCUUCCCCAAGACGUACGUCCUCGUCGAGCAGGACAUGGCCAAGGGGGCCUUCGCUCCCGUCCCGGCUCCCGCUCAACCUCAGUACGCGGCCCAGCAGCCGCAGUGGGCUCCUCAGCCGCAGUACGCCCAGCCUCAGGGCCCGCCGCCCCAGCAGAACCCGUAUAACGCCGACGCGCCGCCUCAGGCUGUCGCGGACCAGAGCACGGGUGGUAAGGAGGGCGGCGGCAAGGGGGCCGAGAUGGGCAAGAAGUUUGGAAAGAAGCUUGGCAACGCUGCUAUCUUUGGUGCUGGUGCUACCAUUGGUUCCAACAUUGUCAACAGCAUCUUCUAA